ACCAUAUCAGCAGUUAGAAUCUGAAGCUAGAGGAAGGGUGAGUGCUGGAUGGAUUGGAAAGGAAACAUUUAAAGAAGGAAACCAAUCAAAACAGGAGAACAAUUUUCUAAGAUACAUAAAUGAUCACUGGCUGAGACUCAGAAUAUGGAUGACAGCUUCAGGAUCGGAAAAGGUCUGUACCUUUUGUUCUUGCUCUGUCUGUCUGGAGUGGUGGGUGUCUCCAUUCGCUAUUCUUUGCCUGAAGAGAAGAAAAGUGGGUCUCUGGUGGCUAAUGUGCUGAAGGAUUUGAAACUGGGGCCAGGGGAGCUGUCUGCUCGCAGAGCCCAGCAGGUUUCCAAAAGCAAUAAGCACUAUUUCCAGCUGGAUACCCGAUCUGGGAAUGUGAUUGUAAAUGAAAGAAUAGAUAGAGAAGCCUUGUGUGGCAAGAUGGACUCCUGCUUGCUGUUGGCUGAAAUUGUGCUCCAAAACCCUUUAAAGAUUCACAAUAUUGAGAUUCAGAUAGAAGAUGUGAAUGACAAUUCUCCCAAAUUCUCUAAAAAGGAAUUUGAAAUGGCAGUUCCUGAGAAUGUCCCUACAAAUACUCGAUUCCCUUUGGAAUCUGCCCAAGACACAGAUUUGGGUGAAAAUAGUAUUCAGAACUAUACAUUGAGUCCAAAUGGAAAUUUUGGAUUGGAUGUACGCAGUGAUGAAUUUGGGAGAAAAUAUGUGGCUCUUGUUCUGGAGAAACCACUAGACAGGGAAAAGGAAGUUCAAUUUGGAAUGACUCUCACAGCUGUCGAUGGAGGGGUGCCACAGAGGACAGGGACAAUUCUAAUAAAGGUCAACGUUCUGGACAUAAAUGACAACUUCCCUCAGUUCAGACAAUCUGAAUAUAAAGUAAAGUUAAAGGAAAACAGUCCUCGUGGUACUCUGGUGUCUAAAGUGGAAGCCAAAGAUUUGGAUUUUGGAACAAAUGCACAUAUUAUGCCACUCAUUCCAUCAAGUGGUGAAAAUGUAGCAUUCUUGUUCUCCUUGCAUGAAAGUACUGGGGAAAUAACUGUUUUGGGUCCAAUUGAUUACGAAAAAGAAACCAGCUAUGAUAUAAACAUCAAGGCAACAGAUGGUGGUGGCCUCUCAGGUCACUGCAAAGUCCUGGUGGAAAUUGAGGAUGAGAAUGACAAUGCCCCUGAGAUAUCAAUCAUAUCCAUCACCAGCCCUCUAGCAGAAGACUCUCCUUUAGAUACGCUGGUCGUGCUCUUCGCUGUCACAGACCGAGACUCUGGAAAUAAUGGCAGGACUUUGUGCUCUAUGGAGAUGAACUUGCCCUUUCUCUUAAAAAGCACUGUGAAUAAUUAUUAUCAGCUGGUGACCCAAAGGCCACUGGAUAGAGAGAAGGUUCCUGAGUAUAACAUCACCAUCACAGCCACUGAUCGGGGCUCUCCCAGGCUCACUUCCAUUAGAACGAUCAGUGUCAAGAUCUCCGAUGUCAAUGACAACCCUCCAGUGUUUGAGAAGGCAAAGUAUGAAAUGCAGUUGUGGGAAAACAACAUUCCAGGCCUGCUGAUGGGUUCGGUUCAGGCUGUUGACCUGGACGAGGGGCAGAAUGCCCAGGUGACCUACUCUCUUGUGCCUGGAUAAGCCAGCGGUGCUCCUGUGGCCUCCUUCGUUUCCAUCAACUCUGAGACGGGGAAUCUGUACGUCCUGCGAUCUCUGGAUUACGAGCAGCUCAAGGAGUUCCAAGUGACCGUGAGGGCUUCAGACGGGGGCUCUCCUCCCCUGAGCUCGGAGGUUGUUGUUCGAGUUGUUGUCCUGGAUGAAAACGAUAACGCUCCCUUCUUCCUCUACCCACUUCAGAACAGCACC